CUUUCAAGUUUCACCGCGACAAUCAAGCACCUGCAGCAGUAAGUACUACUGCUACCCAAAUCCCAAUUUCUCCCAAGAACUCAAAUUUCCCAGAAAAAAAGCUAUAUUUGAUUCGAUUGAUAAAUCGUGGAAAACACAAUGAAAUCUGUGAAGGGUCAUCAUGAAGAGGAAGAAGAGGAGGAAGAUGAGAUUGGUAUUAAGAAAGAUACCACACCUUCUAGUACCAAUACCAAAGAUGGGAGGAAUAAUGAUAAGGCUAGUGCAACAAGGUCUAAACAUUCAGUGACAGAGCAGCGUCGGAGGAGCAAGAUCAAUGAGAGAUUUCAGAUAUUGAGAGAUCUGAUACCCCAUACCGAUCAAAAGCGAGACACUGCGUCAUUCUUGAUGGAGGUAAUUCAGUAUGUACAGUCUUUACAAGAGAAGGCACAGAAGUAUGAAGGACCAUAUCAGUCUUGGAGCUCAGAGCCUACAAAGCUUAUGCCAUGGAGAAAUAGUCAUUGGCGCAUGCAAAGUUUACCAGCACAGCCACAUGCCUUGAAGAAUGUUAGUGGCCCAGAAUCAACAUACCUGGGAAGGUUUGAUGAAAAUCCCACAACUGUUACUUCUACAAUUCUACCAAAUCAGCAGAAUCCAAUUGAAUCUCAUACUAGCAGGGAUGUUUCAUUUAAAGCAAUGGAUCAACAAAAUGAACUAGCUAACAAGUCAAUCACAACACCCAUUCCACUUCAGGCCUGUAUGCCGACGCCAGUGCCAAACAAUGGUGCCUUCUCAGAGCCUCAACCUAGACCAGUGUCUGAUCAAUGUCCCAACACAAUUGAUGCUCUGAAUCAUGACGAGGAUGAGGCAAUAGAUGGAGGCAGAAUCAGCAUUUCAAGUCCAUACACGCAGGGGUUUCUAACUUCGUUGUCACAAGCGCUGCAGAGUACCAGUCUAGAUCUUUCAGUGGCUACUAUUUCAGUGCAGAUUGAUUUUGGGAAGCGGGCAAACCAAGCAAUGACCUCAGGGCCAUCUAUUGCGAAGGAUAAUGAGAAUCCUACACACUCUGGUAAUCAACAUAUGGAUCAUUUCGAAGAGGCAAGCAAUGAUGAAGAUUUAGACCAAGCUCAAAAGAGGCUGAAGAUAUAGAUAUUACAAUAGCAUGGUCAUUCCCAUCUAAAUCAACUUAGUUUUGUGUUACCUUAUGCUUCAAUAGUAAGUUUAUAUGUAUAUCCCAUUCGUUUUUUCGUCCCCGAGUCAUGUUCAUAGAAAUGCAUCCUUUUUAUUUCUCUUCCCUUUUCAUUAUAAUUUUUUUUUCUUUCUCGGGUGAUAUCAUCUUCCUUGUGUUUGGUUUAAUCUCGCGAUAUUCAGAUUUGUCAGAGGUUAAUAAUUGAUAUCUAGAAGAGUAUGAUGUGCCAUGGA